UGAGUGGCCUUGCUUUUGCUUCUGCUUAGUUUUUCAUGUUUGGUGUCUGAAAAUAUUGGGCAAAUGGGGUUGUGAGGAAGAAAGCAGAAAAAUGUGCAGAAAAAUGACCUGUUUGUGAAGACCGAAUAAUAUUCCUUCUCUUUAUAUGGCAGUAUUUAUGAGGUGGUUUUAAAUGAGACAGUGUGAGGCAAUUAAAAUCAGGAGGAAUUCUUUCUGCAGCCACUUGAGAUGCUGCAGGUACAUCCAGGGUGAAUUACAGUGCUCAAAGUCAUCCCUGGUGUGACGUGUGAGGGACUGAGUGACUUUGAGAGCAGGGAGGAGUGGAUUCCCCACUGUGGGAAGGGGUGGGUCCCAGCUGAGAUGUCGUGUUGGAUUUCAGGCUGAGUGUUUUGGUCUUAGAUUUCAUCCCAAGCUUCGCUGCAGUCUCCCGUCACAUGGAGAGCCCGGGAAGCUUUUUUAAGGUCGUGUUGAUCAUGGACAGUGAAGAAAUCCCUACUUUUUCGAGUCCAAAGGAGGAAACUGCAUAUUGGAAAGAGCUUUCCUUGAAGUACAAACAAAGCUUCCAGGAGGCUCGUGAAGAGCUGGCUGAAUUCCAGGAGGGAAGCAGGGAAUUAGAAGCUGAGUUGGAGGCACAGCUAGUGCAAGCUGAGCAGAGGAACAGAGAUUUGCAAGCAGAUAACCAAAGACUGAAAUAUGAAGUGGAAACAUUAAAGGAGAAGCUGGAGCACCAGUAUGCCCAGAGUUACAAGCAGGUGUCAUUGCUGGAGGAUGACCUGAGCCAGACAAGAGCCAUCAAAGAUCAGCUGCACAAAUAUGUGAGGGAGCUGGAACAGGCCAAUGAUGACCUGGAACGUGCAAAGAGGGCAACAAUAGUUUCAUUGGAAGACUUUGAACAAAGGCUGAACCAAGCUAUUGAGAGAAAUGCAUUUUUAGAAAGCGAACUGGAUGACAAGGAGUCAUUGCUGGUCUCUGUACAGAGAUUAAAGGAUGAAGCAAGAGACCUGCGGCAGGAGCUGGCUGUGAGGGAACGGCAGCAGGAGGUGACCCGGAAAUCAGCACCCAGCUCUCCCACUCUGGACUGUGAGAAGAUGGAUUCAGCUGUCCAGGCCUCUCUCUCCUUGCCAGCUACACCCGUUGGAAAAGGAUCAGAAAAUAGUUUUCCUUCCCCAAAAGCUAUACCAAAUGGGUUUGGUACCAGCCCACUGACUCCUUCAGCUCGAAUAUCUGCACUCAACAUUGUGGGGGAUCUGCUACGGAAAGUGGGGGCCUUAGAAUCCAAACUAGCUGCUUGCAGGAAUUUUGCGAAGGACCAGGCAUCACGGAAAUCCUACAUUUCAGGGAACAUCAACAGCGCCGUGAUGAGCAGCAACGGCACAAAGUACCCACACCCAGGGCACACCUCCUUCUUCGACAAGGGGCGUGAGAAGGUCAUAUUCCCCACCUUGGUCAUGGGGCAGUGAACGGCUUUGACCAAGGCCCCCCGGGCCUGGGGGGCUCCCGACCGUCCUCGGCGCCGGGAAUGCUCCCCCUGAGCGUAUGAGCCGCGGGAGUUUGGACUUGGAUGCUUUUCUCAGCCCACCUCGAGAAGAACUGCUCCCGAUUCCUCCCCAUUCCCACCCACCCCGCUGGAACAUGGCCCUGAGAGGAGACCCCGAGCCCACGGCCCUCCAUGUCCUGUCAAUACAGUUUGUUUUCUGCUGUCGCUGUAGUGGACGUUCUCUGCCCCGGCCCCACGGGCUGCCACCUUCUGCUGUGCUUGGGGACACCGAGUCCUGCUCUGCCUGGGGGACAGGCCCAGCCUCGCCCUCUUGGCUCUCCCUCUCCUCUCACUUAGGUCUGGCAGAGCCGGGGCCGCUGCUCUCCCGGCCCCCCCGUCCCCUCCCAGCCCUGCUGCUCUCAGACCUCGUGGAAGUGCCCCGGGGGAGGCCAGCGCUGCUCUUGGGAGCCGGCCCCAGCUCCUGGCCCAGGACAGGGUGAGCAGCUCCAUCCCCUCUGCCCUGGGGGGUCACAGCCCAGCCCGGCUGAGCUGCCCUCGCUGCCCUGGGGCAGUGCUGUGUGCAGGGGCUGUGCCCCCAGGGCUGCCCCACAGCUCCCCAGCCCUGCUGGACUCGGCCUCCGUCCCUCACCCCACACACAGCAGCCCCAUGGGAGCUUUAGGAAGCUGCUGCUCCCCCUGGCCCCAAGAACCCCCUGCCCAUCACCCCCCUGCUGUAGGACUGGAUUGUGCAGCCUCACCUGCGGGCUUCUGUGACACUUUGGGGCGACUGAACCUUGUGGGUCUUUCAAGCAACACAUCUGUGUGGUUUCUCUGUCCAUGUGCCUCAGAGUCAGUGGAUUUUUAGACUGAACCAGCAAAUGGAGCCAGGGUUGGAGCUGAGGGUUCAGCAAUCGUCGUUCAGGGGCUCUGCAGCUCCCAGGUGGUUGAGUUACAAAUGCUGAGAAAAAAAACCCCACUGGCCCAGCAGUGGAGGUGGGAUUGUCCCUUUGCCAUUAGGGUUUGUAAGGUCCUUCCUUCCUGUGCAUCCUCUGCUGCAUUUGACUGUUUACAUUUGUUUUAUUGUACAUAGAUUUGUAAACAUAAUACCUUUGCCUGAGGUCUUUGUACAUAACUUGGGCUUUGUAGCUUUAUUUAUUCAGCCUCUCUCUGGCAUGUUUCCAUAGGAUGUACCGUUCCACCCUGGUGCCACUGACAUGAUGUGGUUUCAAAAGAAUGAAAACAAAUGAGAGCAAUCUUCCAAAAAUAAAGUUCUUUUAAUGUGGAAUCAGUGGAUUUUGCAGAA